AAGUUCACAGCCCAGUGCAAAUUCAAAAUGGGAAGAUACAAAAAAAGAAUAUGCAUCCAGCCUGUUCUUUAUUUAUGAUAGAGGGUCUUCCUCCCAGUGACCCACCCUACACUGAUGCCACCCUACACUGACGCCGGCCCCCCCUUAUGCAACGGCCCAGCCCCUCACUUUAUAUACCUCACUCACACUGCUCUGUCUGACCAGAACACCAGCGAAGGGAAAGGGGAAGGAGGCAGCGGGGUCCUCACCACUGGAUGGCUGUCAGACAUGAAGAUCUUCGUCUCCUAUGAAGACUUCAGGGAGCCCUUCCACGUCUCCCCGGACCAGACUGUGGGGGCCGUUAAGCAGAUGGUGACGAAAUAUUUUCUUUUGCAAUUAGCCAAUGACAAGGAUGUCCAGCAGGAGCUGGAGUUAAGUUACGCUGGUGCAUCUCUGCAGGAUGGCUGGGCCCUGGGCGACGUGGGGGUCAGUCCGGGAGCUGUCCUCCGGUGCCUCAUUAAGAACAAACCACCACCUGCGAUACAGGUGUUCAAUGUAGUGACGCAGGAGACAUUCUCCGUUAUAGAACCUACACCCCUUUUGAGUACCACGGUAGCCAGGCUCAAAACAAUCAUCUCCCUGCAUGUGGGCCUACCAGUCAGCACCUUCAGACUGAGUACGGCUCUCGGAGUUGAACUCUAUGACUGCAACCUACUGAGCGACUAUGACAUAGAAUUGGGCAGUACUCUUCAAUUGGACACAUGGGACGGGUGGGUGGAGUUCAUUCAGGGCUGUGUUCGAGGACACAUAUUGGCAAUCCAAUGCCACCUGUCAAAAGAGAAGGUGGUGAUGAGGUGUGAUGCUAACACAUGGUUUCAACUGCGGGUGGCGCUCUCCAUCGCUGCCUUCAUGGGCCACCUGGAGCUAGCGGACUGGCUUCUACAGAGGAGGGCGCGCCCCGAGCGACCAGUAGGGGUCCAUCCGUAUCGUCUGUGGUGCCACAAAACUUCUCACCAAGACAGCAGCAAAUGCCCCAUCCACAUAGCCGCAGAGCGCGGUCAGCUUCUCAUCCUCAAACUCUUUGUCAGCAACAACCCUGUGACCUUGGCCACUAGAGACCGUUGUGGCCGCUGCCCCUUGCAGAUCGCCCUCCAGCACCGUCACAAAAUGUGUGUGUGCUACAUAGUCAGCAAGCUCUACUCGGUGAUGUCUCUUCCAAAGUUGUGUGUGUCCAUGCGUGUCUACCUUCAGAUCAAAGCCUGGGUGAAGGUAGGACAAACAAAAGCAGCAUUCAAGAGAGCGCAUGCGCCAAGGGCUUCGAUUAAAUCCAGGGCCGGAGACACAGUGCUGGUGGAUGGCUUCACAGAGUCGAAAAUGUCAUCCAAACCUGUUAGAGAUGAGACCAAGGUACCCAGAAAGAUUGGAGCCAAGAUUUUGACACCUCUCACGGGUUCACGUCUACUCUCCGGACGGCCACUAGAGGGAGACAAACAGCAGCUGCAAAGCCUGUGUCCUGCCGACAACGCUGUGUCCAAUAAAAUGCAGAGACAACGAAUAAAUUGUAGAAAGAGAGGUGUUGAUGUCUUUUCAGGUGAAAGCAAGGAUGACAGGGAUAGAGAUUCACCGGGAGGCAGGGCAUGGCUGCCACCCAUCACAUUUGGCACUAAUCCAAGGCAGCUAAAUCUCCAUGCGCAGGAAAAGCCCCUCAUGCUUAAUAACGUUCAUGGAAGUGGCGACCGCACCCACAAGGAAAAUGCCAUUUACUGGCUGGCCAUUUCCAGUACAUUUACAGAGAAAUCCUGGCUGCAGCAGCUAGGCGUGGCUCGUUCCCUGGCCCGAAGGUGUGUCCAGAGAAUGGACUAGAGACAUUCACAGGAGGAAGCAUUGUUCCCUCACUUUAUUUGUCAUAUGACAUCUGAAACUAAAGUGGCACUGUGACGCUCAGCAAACCAUAGACAAAUUGUUCAUAAAUAAAAUAUAUGAAAAGGCUUUUAGAGACAUGCCUACUGUUUUUUUUCUUUAAAACCAUUUUUGGGUUGUGUUGUGGUAUUUUCCUAUCCCUUAUAUGUUUUCAAUUUUUGAAGCAUGUUCAUUUGGUGAAUGCAUAGACACUGCAUGAAAUGUUAGGCUAAAACUUUGUUUGACAGAGGUCAAUAAGGACCUGCCAUGUUUUACUUGAAAUAAAAUGAAUCAAUAUGUAUA